CGAACCUGAGGUUCGGAUUCCGAGCCUCGCUUCUAUAAAUUGCUUGACGUUGUUAAUGGCUAAGGAUUACUUUACCUUUUUAUACACGUGAAUUUGGAAUCAUUCGAUCGCCUGAAGGAGAGAUUUUAAUCUGUUCGGGAACUGAGUUUUGGUGAUUUUGAUUUCGAUUUUGACAGCAAUCGAUUAUGGCUCUUGUAUCUGGAGUUAGGUCAACUCUGAAUCCAAACGCUCCGCUUUUCAUUCCGGCGUCGGUGAGACAGGUGGAGGAUUUCUCGCCGGAGUGGUGGGAGCUGGUGACGACGGCGACCUGGUUUCGAGAUUACUGGCUGAGCCAACACCAAGGAGGAGAUAUUUUUGAUGAGUAUGGCUUCUGUGAACACAACGAUGUCGGAAUGUUGCCGGAUAGCAUUGAUCUUGAUGUUGAUGAGGAUAUCUUGAAUAUGGAGGCACAGUUUGAGGAGUUUCUUCAGUCAUCUGAAGCUGAUAUCCGAAGCAAAUCGAUCGAAAAUGGAUGGGGCAAGAAUGUUGAUGUUGUAGUGAAGAGUUUGAGCGCGAGGAGUCCGAAGUCGCCGAGGGAUGCGAUAAAGUAUUGGGAGAAGCCGGCAAAGCAUGUGAGUCUGAAACACCACAGCCCUCGAUUCAUUCAGCAGCCGCGUUAGAAGUUGUCCGGAGAAAUCGCUAUGUCUUUUCUUUCCUGUAAGUUGUCUGUAAGUAGAUGUGUUCAUAGUCUUGAUAUGUGGUGGUUCUUGUUCUUCUUUAGAUUCAUGCCUAAAAUUUAUGUUGUCAGAAAAAAGAAAAUUGAUGUAUAAAAGAAAAGUUGUAGAACUUUGUUGAGAAAUUAUGGCCAAAAAAAAAGAGUUUCUAGUUCA